AUGGCUAUCUCGUUGUUUUCUAUACCCCUGCUUGUGGUGGCGGUCCUCGGCCCUCUACUCUAUAACAAGAUCCACCAUCAACUCACAGUUUUGGGAGUAUAUCGCAGUCCAAUCUUUACAUCUUCCAGUCAUGGAAUCCACGCUAUUGGCGACACGCAGCAAUGCGAGGAUAUUCACUACUACGCUCCAGGAAACGUGAUCUUUGCUGCCUGUGAGGACUCGGUGCUACCUCGCUUCGAAUGGUUCCCUCCUCUCGGACAUCUAGAUACGCCUCCGGAAACGACUGGGUCAAUUCACAUCAUUGAUCCAAAGACACUCAAAUCAUCCCGCCUCACGUUCGAAAACUUCAAUGGCCCCUUUGUCACGCAUGGGAUCGAUGUGAUUCCGGAUCCAGAACGCCCAGAGGCAGUCUACGUCUUCGCUGUCAACCAUCUAUCAAACCCAGAGUAUCGCCCAGGAGCAAAAGGAUCUCACAAAUUCAGGUCCCAGAUCGAGAUCUUCUACCAUGUUUUGGGAAGCAGCACAAUCCGCCACGUCCGCUCUGUCCGCCAUCCUUUGGUGAAAACACCCAACGACCUAUACGCCACAAGCCCGUACUCUUUCUAUGCUACCAAUGAUCACUACUACCUUGACGGAUUCAUGCGGCACGUUGAGGACUCGCUCGUGUUGACGAGGUGGACUGAUGUCGUACAUGUUCAGCUCGAUCGGCUGACCACGAGCGAUGAGACCGCCGGGGUGAAUGCGUCAGUGACGCUGAAGGGGCUGUGGGCUGCGAAUGGGCUUGGGCAUGGUCAGUCAGACGAUGAGAUCAUGGUCGCUAGCGUUCUGGGCGGGAAGGUGUGGCGCACCAAGGCAGACGACCAUGGAACGCUGUCCAUUCGUGACGAGUUCUUUGUCGACAGUACGAUCGAUAACCCUAGUCACUACGAUGACCCCUACAAAUCCGCGAAUGACGAUGCCAGCGGUUAUGUUCUCGGUGGUCUCCGACGAGGCAUUGAUCUGGCGAAGACGCAUCGAGAUCCGGAGGGUAAGGAUGGGGUGAUCGUGUGGUAUGUUCGGCCAAACUCAGUUUCGGGGUCAAGUUCGGACUGGGAGAAGAGGGUGAUUUUUGAGGACGACGGGUCGAACAUCCGGUCUGCUAGUGCAGCGGUCCUGGUGCCUAUUGAGCCGGGCAAAGAAGAUUCAAAAGAAGCAAUGCUAUUUGUGACGGGAUUUGUUUCCAGCGGUAUGAUUGCUGUUAAGGUGGACCUGAGCCCUAAGCUCUAA